AUGUCAUCUUUAAUUUCCCUCCCCAUCUUGUUAGGUCUUUCUAUAGACCAAAAGUCCUUAGGAUUUGGUUUCAACUUUGAUCAUCAAAAUUCUGGAUCUUUUAUUAAAUCACAAAUUUUCGUCAAUGAUGUUUUAAAACAAUCAGUUUUUAAUCAAGAAUUUGAUUUUACAAUUAUAAAAGAUCAAGAAUCUUUAAAAAAAGCUUUGGAUAUUCUUUCCAAUGAUGAUUUUGUAUGUGAACCAUAUAUGGAAAGAGUAUUGGGUCAAUACGGUCUCCAAGAUGAAGUAUUUUUAAAUCCAAAACAAAUGGUAAUGGUUUACAGUAGAACUAUUGUUUCAUCUAUUGAUGAACUUUGUAAUGGUGUUGAACCAUCAAACUAUUACUAUCAACCUCAUCUUAAUUUCUUUGCUAUGGAUUCUAAUUUUUAUAUUAAAAAAAUUGAAAAUGGUUCCAAAUGUAAUUUUAUUAUAUCAAUAGAAAGUGAUAUAAAAACAAUUGAAACAUUAAAAAAUUUGGAAACUAUUAAUCAAAUGGCACAUUUUAUGGAAAAAGUAGAUACACCAAGUUACAAUGUUAAAGUUUCCUCUUUUUCUGAAGGAUUUAAACCAUACAAAUAUGCAAGAAUGAAUUGUGUUUCUGACCUUAUUACCUGUUUACAAUCAUUGGAAGCAGAAAAGGUAUCGGUUCCAGUUCAAUGA